AGCUGAUCCCACGCGGGUCAGGGAACCGUCUGACCAUAGCGACACAAAUAGUAAGUUCAUCAGCAGAAUAUAUACUACAGCUGUUUAGAUGUGUUUUGCAAACAGGAAAGCAGCUCUGUGCAUCGCGACGACACGCUGCACGCCGACAUUGUUGGAGUGCGGCCUGGACGCACGAUGGUACGAGGGAGCUGCCUCAACGAACUGGAGUAACCUCAUAAGUGAAAGUGACCAG